AUGGCUUCUCCGAUCAGCUACGUGGACCAGGUCGCCGUUGUCACCGGUGCUGGCAACGGCUUAGGACGACAAUACGCCAAAUUCCUGGCCUCGCGUGGCGCCAAAGUUGUCGUCAACGACCUGGGUGGUACCUUCAAUGGCAAAGACGCCGCUGGCAAAGGCGAUUCCAGAGUUGCAGACGUCGUGGUCAAGGAGAUUACUGACGCGGGUGGCAUAGCCGUGGCGAACUAUGAUCCGGUCCAGGCUGGCGAGAGGAUCAUCAAGACUGCCAUCGACGCUUUCGGAAGGGUCGACAUCCUCAUCAACAAUGCCGGGAUCCUUCGAGACAUCACGCUGCGAAAUAUGACGACCGAGGACUGGGACAUCAUCAUAGACGUCCACGUUCACGGCGCCAUGAAAACCGCGAGGGCCGCUUGGCCGUUCAUGCGGAAGCAAAAGUAUGGCAGAAUCAUCAAUACCUCGUCCACUUCUGGUCUCUAUGGAAACUUUGGACAGGCCAACUAUGCCGCCGCGAAGAUGGCCCUGGUCGGGUUCAGUGAGACCCUGGCCAAAGAGGGAGCCAAGUACAAUAUCCGUUGCAACGUCCUGGCACCUGGUGCCGCUAGCCGCCUCACCCAGACGGUCUGGACGGCGGAUAUGAUGGACGCCAUGAAACCGGACUGGGUCGUGCCGUUGGUUGGUGUGCUGGUGAGCCGGACCUGUCAGGAAACAGGGAGCAUCUUCGAGGCGGCCGCUGGCCACUAUAAUAAGAUUCGCUGGGAGCGGAGCAAAGGUUUCCUUGCGAACCCGAAUACUCUCAGUCCUGAUCUCAUCCUUGACAACUAUUCGAAGAUCGCAGACUGGACUGGUGCAGAACACCCAAACAAUCCAGCCGGGGCAGUGGCUCUCUUUGAGAAGGCAAAGGCACUGCCAAAGGCAAACGUUCCAAAUCCAAGUCGAGUGAAUCUGCACGGCAAGGUUGCACUCGUCACUGGCGGUGGUGAUGGGUUGGGAAGAGCGUACGCCCAUGCCUUUGCUAAGCUCGGGGCCCACGUCGUGGUCAACGAUCUGAAGAACGCCGAGAAGGUCGCCGGCGAGAUCAAGUCCGUGGGCGGGGAGGCGUCAGCGCUGACCAUGUCGGUGGAGCAAGGUGAGGCUAUCGUGCAAAAAAUCAUCAACACCCACGGCAGACUCGACAUCCUGGUGAACAAUGCCGGCAUCUUGCGCGACAAGGCUUUUGUCAACAUGACGGACGAGCAAUGGUUCUCGGUCAUGAAUGUCCACCUACGGUCGACCUAUCUCAUAACUCGUGCUGCCUGGCCGUAUAUGACGAAGCAGAAGUUCGGCAGGAUAGUCAACAUUACCAGCACGACCGGUAUAUACGGUAACUUUGGACAAGCCAAUUACGCAGCGGCAAAAUGUGGCAUGAUCGGCUUCACAAAGACCACCGCCCGGGAGGGAGCCAAGUAUAACAUCGUCGUGAAUGCAGUCGCGCCCUCCGCUGGCACUAACAUGACCCGCACAGUAUGGGCCGAGGACGCCGUGGACAUUGUCAAACCAGAUUACGUUGCGCCCCUCGUCGUUGCGCUGUGCUCUGAACGACCACCUGGUACUGGUCAGUUGUAUGAGGCAGGUAGUGGUUGGUUCGCCGCAACUAGAUGGCAAAGAGCCAGGGGCGUUGAUUUUGAGCACGACAAAGGCAUCCCCGGUGUAGAUGAAGUGGCCAAGGCCUUUGGAGAGAUCUGCAAUUUCGACAAUGGAAAAGCAGACAAUCCAGAAUCACCGCAAGAAGGAAGUCGCUACACCAUGGGCAAUGUCUUGAAGAACCCCAAAGCCGCCAGUCUGUCACAGGAGAAUCGUGCCAACAGGAAAUACAUCUCCAAGAUCCAGAGCGCCAUGGAGAUGAAGGGAGCGCCGUCUACCUAUUCCUACACGGACAGGGAUGUCAUCUUGUACAACCUGUCUCUCGGUGCUCACCGCAAUCAGCUGGACCUCGUCUACGAGAACUCUCCCAACUUUCAAGUCCUUCCAACUUUCGGAAUCGUACCGACGUAUCACUCCUCGGCACCGUUCGAGACGAAGGACAUUGUCCCGAACUACGACCAACGGAUGUUGCUCCACGGCGAGCAAUACCUGGAGCUCAAACAAUUCCCCCUCCCGACAUCGGGCACCUUCAAAACCGAAACUCGGUUGCUGGAAGUGGUGGACAAAGGGAACGCAGCGCUUGUAAGGCGAGGGAUGACUACGGUCGACAGUUCCGGGAAACCGGUCUUCUACAACGAGAGCGUAGCAUUCAUCCGCGGUGCCGGCGGAUUCGGAGGACAGAAAACGCCCGCGGAUCGGGGCGCGUCAACGGCAAUCAACACUCCGCCGUCUCGGGUGCCUGACAAGGUCGUUGAAGAGAAGACAUCGGAAGAUGCUGCGGCUCUUUAUCGACUUAUGGGUGAUCGAAAUCCGCUGCACGUCGAUCCCAAGUUCUCGUCGGUCGGAGGAUUCAAGGUCCCCAUCCUCCAUGGCCUCGCCACGUUCGGCAUCACAGGGAAGCAUAUCUUUGAAGCCUACGGCCCUUUCAAGAAUAUCAAGGUGAGGUUCAGCGGGACCGUCCUGCCAGGCGAGACGAUUGUGACCGAGAUGUGGAAGGAGGGAGGUAAAGUCAUUUAUCGGGCCAAGGUGAAGGAGACUGGGAAGAGCUGUAUCAGCAAUGCGGCGGUAGAAUUACUUGGUGGCAAGAGCACUUUGUGA